GGCAGAGUGAGCAGGGCGCCGGCGUGCGUCGAGAGGUUGUCCUCCCUCCUUCGUAAGAGGGAGAACAGAGUGGCGGUGAAACCCAUGAGAAGCCAUCAAGACCCAUGACACAGCCCGUGAAAACCCAUCAGAAGCCAUGAAAAUCCCAUGAAAACCCAUCAGAAGCCAUGAAAACCCCGUGAAAACCCAUCAAAAGCCACGAAAGCACCAUGAAUACCCACCAAAAUCCAUGAAAACCCAUGAUGCGACCCAUCAGUCCCCAUGAGAAACCCAUCAAAACCCAAGACACAACCCAUCAAACACCAUUUAAACCCACGACACAACCCAUUUAAUCCCACGAGAACCUGUUAAAAAUAUCAAAGCCAAAUGAAACCCAUGACACAGGAGGUUGCACGCGUAGAGGACCGGAUUAACCACAAGAUAAACUACGCUGGAAGGAGACCGUGGCUCGUCGACCUGACUUGACCUGAUCUAUAUAUCGAAGCGAGAAGAUAAUGAUGUUCUUCAGACGGAAAAAACAGCCAAAAACAUGAACUUAGAGAGCCAGAAAUCUGCCUUCUUCACGUCUCCCUGACCUUGUUUCCCGCCACUUCUCUCCCGAGGUCAUAUUUCAGGGUCAAGUCAGGUCAACUCUGUGCCAUAAGACCCCACCCCCCCAACGGUGACGUCACAGCCCGCCAUGCAAUAAGGUCACGUUGAUUGCAUCUUGACCUUCAAUUCCUUCGUCAGUUUGCAGUUUCGCAGAUUUAGAGAGAAGAAAAGGGGGAAAAUAAAUAAAAUACAAGAUGGGUUGCAGUAUCAACAGACCGCUUUUCCUGCACAAAAUUCUCUUCUUUACUUUCUAUGGAGCCCUCGGGAGCAUCAUGGCCUUCUUGACGAUCCACAUGCGGACGCUCGGACUCAACCUGGCGGAGAUCACGUGGAUUAACUCCAUCUUGCCCCUGACCUCCCUCGCCGGCCCUCCGCUCGUGGGCCUCCUGGCGGACAGACUCGGAAACUACCGAGUCAUCACGAUUGUCUUCAUGGCCCUCGGCGCCAUCAUGUACACAGCACUCCUCUUCGUCCCGCCCUACGAGGUCACGCCCGUGCAGCCGGUCCUCUCCCUCACGUGCGACGCUGAUGGAGCAGCCAUCAUGCUCAACUCCUGUGGACAGCCGUGCCCUGACCUCAACCGUUCGCACUCGUCCUCCUUUAGAAUAGGGGGGUGCGAACAAGUAUGUCUGAUGCCACAAGAACACAAUAGCACUGAGUUUUUGGAGGUUAAAGCCCCUCCUUCUGCCGAGCCUGCCUACUUCUGCUUAACUCGGCCUGGAGGUGAUAAGGAAUACAUAGCAUGCAAUGAGAGCAAGACGUAUUUAGAAUUCAGCCGUCCUCUGGUGACCCCGCAGUAUCAUGGUGGAGGAGAGGGAGCCGUGUGCCAUUAUCCUCAGCACGAGUUCAACACAAGUGAAGGCCAAUUUGUCAGCCUCACCUGCCGCACUUCUUCCCCUAACUGUAGGGUUGUGUGUGAUGCCAGUGAAAUGAUUGAAGGCAACAACUUGCUGCAGAAGCCCAUGUGUUCUAUCAUAAAAGGAAAUCCUACAAUGACCCUCUGGCUCUACUUUGGAUUCCGUGCCCUUGCUGAAAUGUUUAUAGCUAUCCUGGUGUCACUGCUUGAGGCUGUGGCACUUACCAUGGUACACCAGCAUAACGGCGACUAUGGUCGAGAGAAAAUGUGUGGUAUUUUUGCUGUUGGUGUCUUUUCUCCUCUCUGUGGAUACCUGAUGGACACGCACAUUGGGACAUUCGGAGUUUACAAUUAUGCUCCUGUAUUCUAUGUGUUUGAUGGUCUUCUCAUGAUAACUGCCAUUGUUACUUUAUUUCUACCUUUUGAGGUAGAAGUUACAAGAAAAAGCCUGUGGAAGAGCAUCGGCUCCCUGAUCAAGACCUCGGAACUCAACAUCCUCCUCUUACUGAUGACUCUGCUCGGCACAUUCUGGGGUUAUCUCAAGACCUUUGUUUACGUUUACCUCGAAGACCUGCAUGCAUCCAAGCUCCUUAUGGGACUAACGGUGACCAUCAGCAUUGUCCCAUCAUUGCCGUUCCUGUACAAGAGCUCUGCUGUGGUGCAGUUCUGUGGCCAUCACUACCUCAUCAUGCUGGCCUUUGUAGCUUAUUGUAUUAGAUUUGCUGGUUUGUCCUAUAUCACGAAUCCAUGGUGGGCGUUACUGCUGGAGUCACUGGAACUCUUCACGCUAAACCUCAUGAAUGUUUCAGCAGCCACGUUAGCAUACAAACUGGCCCCAAAGACGUUUGUUGCAACAGCACAGGCUCUUGUAUGGGUCUCACAUUUUAAUAUAGGUCGAUGCCUCGGUACUUUUGUUGGUGGGUACCUGACUACUCAGUAUGGGCAGGUGUAUGUCUUUCAGGGUGCAGCAGUUGCAGCUGCUAUUAUUGCUGCCCUCUACCUGAGUAUACACCAGCUGGUCAAACACUUAAAGACUCAUGGGAAACCCCUACCAAAGCCACAGCCGAUAAGAGAAAAUGGAAAUGUUCCCAAUGGCCAUUACACACCACUGCAAGCUGCCGAUGGAAGAUUUUGAUCACAUCUGCAAGCUAGACCUCUACAAGUUACCACUGAAAGCCAGGAGAAAGUGCUUGACUGCCAAACACUUUUGUGGCAUUGUGAUAUACAUCUGAAGUGAAAGCGAAUCUUAUGAUCCAGUGUGACAGAAUAGUCCUGUGUAUAUAAGAUUUUUAUGCCUUCAGAAUUAGUAAUAUUGUAAAUACAUUGGUCAGGGCUGUUUGCCAGGUCGUCUUGAAAUGGUUGGGAGUUGAGCAGUUGAAUGGACAAACCUCAAACUAAAAGUUAUGUUCAACAGGUCAACAGUAAAAGUAGUGUUUUGGCAUUAACCUUACUGCUGACAAAGUCCCGCAGAAGAGUGAAUGAGUUUUCAAGCUGUGGUGCUAAUCAAAGGUGUGGACUAUAAACAAACUGUGUAUUGCAAAGUGAAGAGUGAGCAUAGAAGAUAUGUUCCUCAUGUACAAGAUGUUCAUAUUUGCUAUAUCGGUGAAAACUUGAAUGUUGAUGCUGUGUUGUAUGAAGGUCAUUGAAAGUCAAUAGUUCUUAGUUUCUAGGGUACCAUCAUGAAAUAUGACUCUUUCUUUCAUAUUAUGUGAUCUUUUAUAUAAGACUUGAGUGUUGAUUCACAAGGAGUCAUUGCAGUCAGAUCCCUUCAUACUGACAAUACUAAUAAUAGCAUGUAAAUCUCAGCAAAUAUUUAUUACUCUGGUAAUGGAUUGUGAUUUGGCAAAAAAGUCUAAACUACUAUAGCUGUAACCAUGCAAAACAACUACUAAAAUACUAACAGGUAACUCUACUGAAUCAGAAGCUCAAGUUCAAUACGUUUUGUCUUCUUGAUAUUGAAAAUUCAGGUAUUUGAAAAUGCUCGUGGUAGUACAUUGUUCUUCUUUCCGUAAUAUCCCCUUGAUUUCUGUUUAGGUUACAGAUUGAUUUACUUUUCGAAAAAUUGUAGUGAUAUUUCUAUAUCUGUAUGAUAUUUGUUUUAACAAUAUUAAUA